AUGUGCAACGGCAACUCAAGUCGAAUUAGCCAGGGAGGCUCUAUCGCCGUUCUCAGGCGGACACAGCACUUGCGCAGGUCAAACACCGACGACAUGAUGCUGUUCUUUCACAACCAGAUGUGCGCACCAGGGACCAGUGUAGAAUUCCAUGGCUGGGAUGACGAUGCGCAAAGAGAGAAGCACUGGGUCGUUAUCCACCGCGAUGGCGACCUUUCGGGCUCCGCCUCUCCUGUUCAGACGCCACCGUUCUACUCUUUCUCGUUGGAGUCAAGUGAGGCGUCGACGAUGCAUCUACCGCAAAAGCUAGAUCUGGGAGUCGGCGAUGCAGGGAUUAUCGGGCGGAGGGUGUCGGUUAUGACGGGGUCGAUGAAAGGACCGUUGACGGUUGCUGAGGGCAUCAUUGGGUGGAAUUAG